CCUAUUCACACAUUUUUGGGGGUGAACUUACCCUCUGUUAUUCACUGAUUUUGUCAAAAUAAAGUGUUUGUUUGGCAAUAAAAGUAUUUUUUUGGAGGCAAUUUCUGUGGAUUCACCUAGCUGCAGAUUUUUUGGGGAACCUAUCCUCCUAUUAGCUCUUUUUUUGUGCCCAGGUCAAAGGAAUACUUUUGGAGGUAUAAUUACCUGUUGGAUUUUUUGGGGGGAGCCCAUCAUCAGUUAUUUGCUGAAAAACGAUCUGUUUGCUGAUUUUUUUGGGGGGUACUUAUCCUGUUAUUCACCGAAAAUCGCACCAAUUUAUUGUUAUUUUGGCGCCAUCUUGGUGGAUUCACCUAUGCUCAGAUUUUUUAGGUAACCUGUAAGUUAUUCACUGAAAAACUCACUUUUUGCAGUUUCUGUAAAAAAAAAAACUAAAAAGAAUUAUCAGCUUUGGCGCCAUCUUGGUGCCAAGACAAUAUGUUGAAGUCAAUUGAGAAGCUUCAUUUAAACAAAAAGUGGUGCUUUGGCAUCAAUUUGUGGAGUUUUGGCACCAAGGACCCAUGUUAAAGUGAGUUGAAGAGUUUCAUUUAGACAAAAGCAGUGCAUUGCUGGCAUCUUGGUGCCAAAGAACUAUGCUGAGGUGAGUUGAGGAGUUUCAUUUAGAAAAAUCUAGUGUUUUGCCGCCAUUUUGUGGCAUCUACAAUUAUAAACCUUCGGACUUCAGCUUUAAUUAUGCACAUUUGUAGAGACAAUUUGGACUGAAAAAGCCAAAGAACGAGUAAACAGUGUGGUUCCAUUCAACAUGCCAAGACGUUUACUGUCGAAAACUCCCAUGGUCCUUGUGGGAUAAAGCCAAAGAAGAAGCAAAUAGAAGAAAAAGAGGAGCGAGAGCAGUUCACCUGGUUCAUUAUAAAUAGUUGAGGAGAGGCUGCAAGGCGACACUGCGAGUGAUUCUUCUUCCGUAACUGGACACUGGUGCUGCGAACCAUUUGGGGAGGUGACCACUGAAGUCCUCCUUUUGUUCCUCCUCCUACUGCUUCUUCUUCACCCGCGGGGCAUCACUUCCAGACUUUGCAACUCUCUGUGGUUCUUCAUUUUUUUUUGGGAUAUAUCCUGUAGCUCAGCCUGUGUGCAUUGGUGUGUGUAUUUGGACGUCAGCGACAACAUGUCUGCCUCGGUGGAGGCCCGCCUUAAAUUGAUACUGCUGGCCCUUCUCGUGGUGCUUCAAGCGGGCGCUUGCGCGGGGGCGUGCGUGGAGGUGGACUCAGACACGGAGGCGGUAGCCAACCGAGGAUUCAAGCUGGGCUGCAUCUCGUGCAAGAGGAGGGGCGAGGUCAAGGCCACGGCCGCCGUCACUUGGCUCUUCAAGGCCCUCAACGACGACGACUUCUCACACUUGUACAGCUACGAGGAUGAGCACGGCUCGAUUCUGGACGAGCGCUUCGAGUCACGCGUGCAGUGGCGCGGCAACAGACAUACGCUCGACCUCCAGGAUGGCUCCAUCUACAUCGCCAACGUGACCUUCAACGACACGGGCACGUACAUGUGCGUCUUCAGCCGUGUGCUCGUCUACGACGACUACACCUUCCACACCAACACAAGCAAGAUCAUUAAUGUACGCGUGGUGCCCACAGUGAUGCGAGGGAUCGCGUCCAUCCUGUCUGAGGUGAUGAUGUAUGUGUCCAUAAUCGGUCUGCAGCUGUGGCUUGUGGUGGAGAUGAUCUACUGUUACAGGAAGAUCUCAGCCGCCGGCGAGGAGGCCUUGAGGGAGAGCGCCUUGGGAAAGUGCUGGCGCAGGGACGGAUUCUCACAUCCACCUUCAGUGUCACCGUCGCCUCCACAACACACCAAGAUGCGAGAGUGACGCUCCGCUCGACACACUUUAUGCAAAUCUACAACAAACAACACUUUGUGUGUGCGUGUGUGUGUGUGUGCGUGCCAGCGUUUAAGGGCUUGCUUACAAAUUGCAUACUGCUCAAACAAAGAACACCAUUCCUUCUUGGAAUGCGGUGCAAGCAAAAUAAAUAAAUAAAUAAAAAGUAAUUAAUUAAUGUAUAAAUUGAACAUAAUGGCAGUCUAAAAAUAUUUGCCUGGUAAAAAAAAAAAAAAAAAGUAGAAAUAUGCCUAUUAAAAGUUUCUUACAAAAUUUUAUUAAACUAAAUUUACAACCGGUACUGUUUUCUUGAUUUAAAAUUGACUUCAUUCACUUUGUUAACUUUUCACAGGUUGUGUGAGAAGCUCUAAACCAAAAUAUUAUCUCCACAUAGUAUUACUGAGCACUUCAUGAAAAUUUCAUUUUUUUUUUUUUUUACUAAUUUCUUGAUUUUAAAUUAAAUUCUAUUAAAAUAUUUUCACUUACUGCUUUUUGAAAACCCGAAACCAAAGUAUUAUUAUUAUUUCAAUAUAUUUGCUGACAUGUUAAUCAAAUUUUACUUGUUUACAUUUUGAAAAACUAUUUCUACAGUAUAUUAAACCUAAUUUAAUACAAAAAUGUUCACUUCUCACUACUGUCUGAAAACUGCUAACAAAUUCAAUGUUUUUCAUUAUUUCCUGAGGUAUAUACAAAACUUUAAAAACAUUUUUAUGUAUUUUCCGUUUAUCCUAAAAAAAAAAAAGUUUGUUUAUUUUUGAUUUUUAAAAAUGAAAAAAAGAGUAAUAAGGCAGUAUUUUUGAAGAUUUAUAUAUUACAAUAUAUUAAUAUAAAAUAUUUUAGAUGACUAUUUGUUUUGGGGGGGGGGUGGGCUUUAAAACGUACAAGUGACCUGAGUCAUACAUGACGUGCAUGCAGACUAUUCAACAACAUGCACACACACAUUUCAUUGCCGUCAAUCACACAAACUUUCCAUAGAUGAUUGUUCCACAAAAGCAUGUCCAAUGUCAGUGUGCCUCCACAAAGGAAAUGUGUUCAAGAGCCUUGUUGCAAGUCUCCCCUGUUUGGAUGAUCACUCUUGUGGCCACCAUUGUAUUACAUCAAUGGUGGCCACGAGAGUGUAGCAAAACGCUCCCAUCAGAUAAGAAAAACCCGGGGGCGGGUUGGGUGGGAGGAAUAAAUAAAUUAAAAAAAGACUGACAAUGGGAAAUCUCCUAAUCGUAAUUUUGAUUAAAUGGUAGUAAUGGUGAAAUAACAGUGUCUCAUCUACAAAUACAAUACACUGUGGUACAUUGAUUUACAAGUUUUAUCGGCCCAAGCUCAUAACUCAAUUUAUUCGUACAGUAAAUACAUUUUCUAAUGAAUUGUAAUGCCAUGAAUACACUCCAGCCAACAAAAACACACCACUUUUUUUGUUUAGUGAUUUUUAUAAAAAUAAAUAACACUGCAUUGUAUAUAAAAAAAAGAAUUAAAAAGAAUAACAAAAUAAACUGUUUUCAUUGUGUUAUAUUACUACUUUGUACUGUAGUGUUCGGGUGUUGAUGUACUGUAUACCUUUAAGGGGCGUCACCUACAAACUUAAUUGACCAAUGCAAAGGAAUUAUAACUUAG